AUGAAGCAAGCUCUUAUUGUUGUCGACGUCCAAAACGACUACUUUCCCGGUGGAAACCUCCCUACGGAUCAUCCCGUUGAAACUGCCCAAGCCGUGGCUCAGUUGAUUACCAAGUUUAGACAAGAAAGCAAGGAAGUGGUGUUUGUACAACACAUUUCUACAGAGGAGACCUACAAAGUACUUCCCAUUAUGAAGGACGGUAGCAAGGGUGCUGAAAUCCAUGACUUGGUGCGUCCCCUUCCUACCGAAAAGGUGGUGCGAAAACAUGAAACCAGCUCCUUUGUUCGCACCGAUUUGGAUGCUUACCUCAAGUCCAAGGGUAUCGAUACGGUUGUUGUUGUUGGUAUGAUGAUCCAUAACUGCGUCAAUGCCACCGCAUAUGAUGCCAAUGCCAACGGCUACCAAUGCUAUGUCGUCGAUGAGGCUGUCAAUACGUUCGAUCAAGAGUUGUAUGGCAAAGUCAUUCCUGCCAAGCAAAUCAAGGAAAGCUUUUUGACAGGUAUCCAAUUUGCCAUGGCCAAGGUGGUGCGCUUGAAUGAUGCCUUGAAUGAUAAUUACUAA